ACAAAAACGCCUGAUCAAGGAACAGUUCGCGAAGUCGUUCUUGUCAUGAAUCCAGCUUGUAAGGUUGAGGAGAAUGGGAUCAUCAUGCUUUGCUUCAGAACCUGACAUAUUCCAUGUGACCAUCACCUGUAUUUGAUGUUUCACGUCAUCUCAAAUUCUUGAGGGUGUGAAAGUCGCCGACGAGGCUAGAUUUCCGGUGUGGUCGAUCUCGAGUUCCGGCACAUCCGUGGUGGGCCCGCCACCGUCCGCUGGCUAUCACCGGCACAUUAUUCGUCUGUUUCCUUGCUGACAAGGCUUCAUUGUAGUAUGUGCGAGCGCUUGCUUUUUCGAGCGUUGAUGGGUGGCACGCGAGGCGGAUUGUAUCAUGAUGGACGGUAAUCUUUCGGAGCUGGACCUGCUUCUUAAAGUGGUCGUAUUUCCUGUCGUUGCUCUUUUGCUAGUUGGCCUUUGAGAGUCUCUGCACUCGGAACUGCGAAGCAGCCCCUUGGAUCAAAUAUCGGCAUCCUUCGCCGUCUGCCUAUAGUCUUCCCACCAGACCAGACCAACACAAUGGACGUUGACUUGGAGAAAGAGCAAGGUCCGUCACCAGGCGCUAGAUCGAGCCAGGAAUAUGGACAAAUCGUCACAAGAAAACAGGGGUCAGUCUGGGUCAGAUUCAUCGACGGGUUUCGUCAAAAUCCGAAUGCCCGAGUUUCGGAGCAACUCGUCGACGCGGAUGGCAAGCCGCUUCCAGACCAGCCUGCAGCUCAACCAGCGCUGGCCAUGAAGUUGAAGCAGCGACAUCUGCAGAUGAUCGCUAUUGGAGGCUCCAUUGGUAAGCUCAAGCCGGGUUGGGUGCCGUGAGGACUGUGAAGUGCACAAAACAUGGCUAAUCCUUUGAUAAACCAAUAGGCACCGGUCUCUUCAUCGGCUCCGGCUCUGCAUUGUCAACGGGUGGACCUGCAGCCCUGGUCAUCUCAUAUUGUACGCUUGGUAUCAUGCUGUUUUGUACCGUACACGCGUUGGGAGAAAUGGCAGUCAUAUUCCCCGUUGCUGGCUCGUUCUCUGCCUAUUCUAGCCGAUUCCUGGACCCUGCAUGGGGAUUCGCCAUGGGCUGGAAUUAUGCGAUGCAAUGGCUCGUGACCUUGCCAAUUGAGAUCAUGGCCGCUUCAAUGACUCUGAAUUACUGGAGUGGAGCUCGUGAUGUCAACCCGUCGGCAUGGGUUUCGAUAUUCUUCGUGGUCAUUAUUGCCAUCAAUUUCUUCGGGGUGCGAGGAUAUGGUGAAGCGGAAUUCGUGUUUUCUAUUGUCAAGGUCAUUGCCGUCUUGGGGUUCAUAAUCUUUGCUCUUGUCGUCGAUGUCGGUGGUGGGCCAACGGGACAUUACUUUGGCGCCAAAACCUGGGACAACCCGGGGGCUUUUGCCAAUGGUUUCAAAGGCGUGGGCUCUGUGUUUGUGACGUCCGCAUUCUCGUUUGCCGGCACCGAGUUGGUUGGUCUCGCGGCCGCCGAGGCGGCGAACCCAAGGAUAGCGCUUCCAACAGCCAUCAAACAAGUCUUUUGGCGUGUAGUUCUGUUUUAUAUCGUAUCACUUACCUUUGUGGGCCUGUUGGUGCCGUGGGACGACCCGAGGCUACUCAACAGUGGCAGCACUUCCAACACCUGGACCUCACCUUUUGUACUCGCCAUCAAGAAUGCUGGUGUUGGCGGGCUUCCGUCUGUUUUCAACGCCGUCAUUCUGAUCGCCGUCCUCAGUGUCGGUAAUGCGUCCGUGUACGGAGCCAGUCGUACCCUAGCAGCACUAGCCGAUAACGGUCAAGCACCCAAGAUUCUCGGAUAUAUCGACCGACAGGGGCGUCCCCUAGUGGCCAUCAUAGUGUCAUCAUCGUUGGGGGCGCUUUGCUACAUUGUCAAUUUGAAACCUUCGCAGCGUCAAGAAGCAUGGAAUUGGAUGUUCGCGGUGUCUGGACUGGCGUCGAUCUUCACCUGGGGAUCCAUCUGCCUCUGCCACAUUCGUUUCCGACAGGCUUGGAAAUAUCACGGUCAUAGUGUGGACGAGUUACCGUUCAAGUCACAAGCUGGCGUCAUAGGUUCCUGGCUGGGCUUUAUCAUCAAUUGUUUGGUCCUUGUGGCGCAGUUCUGGACGGGCUUUGCGCCAGUAGGAUUCCGUGAGAUGAGUGCUUCCGACCGGACCAAGAGUUUCUUUGAAGGUUAUUUGGCUGCUCCGGUGGUGAUUGUGUUCUACCUUGGCUUCAAGAUAUGGAAGAAGACAUCGAUCAAGCGCACUGCGAGCAUUGACGUUGUCAGUGGUCGGCGCGAAAUUGACCUGGAGCAGAUCUUGGCCGAUGAACGUGCUCUACAUGCAACGUGGCCAUGGUGGAAGAAGACUUGGCAUUUCUUCUGCUAGUGCAGGAACCGUUUUAGUGAGGGUUUGGAUCGAUGCUCGAUAGAUAAGGGGUAGACUAUAGCUCGUUCUGGAGAUCGAGUCCAUCAAAUCUGAGGCUUUUAUUGGGAUCUGGUCCGGAAGACUCGAUAGCCGGAGGAGGAGACAGAAGAUGGAGGUGGAGGUCCUAGGUUUAGUCGCUCGGCGUAAAUGGUACAUGGCAGGGAUUGUCUGAAUGGUGAAACAGGCAGAGGAUGAGAAAGGGAUAAGAAAUCCUAGAGUACUGUAGUGUAGAGUAGUGUAGCGCAGAGUUCUGGCUCAGCAGCCUCAAUUGGGUCCAAAUGA